GUCGCUACCGCAGUCUGUGUUUGCGAGUAAUUGCUUUUCACGCAUCGCGUACGUUUUUAAUUUUUCUGUCUGGACGUCUGAAUAUCUAUUGAUAACAUAUUAUUGCAUACAACAUGCAUGGGAGAGUUAAAGUUAUUCAAACAGCUGAACAGGAGCGCACCAGACUGCUAAAAAUGCAGCAGAUCAGUAAACAGUUUCAUGAAGGUUGUGAGAAGCUUUGGGCCUGUCGUGAAAAUGGUGAUUACAAUGAGAUACAUUUAAGGGAGAUUGCUACUCUGGUGGAAACAUCUGCAGAUACAACUACAUUGUGGAAUUAUAGACGCGAAAUUUUGAUGCACCUCAUGGUAAAGUACUCUGACGAUGCAGAAAAGGUGUCAAAAAUUAUGGAAGCUGAGUUAGACUUAACAACUCGUUGUCUUUACAAUUCACCGAAGUCCUAUGCCGUCUGGCAUCAUCGCUCUUGGGUUAUGAAUAAUCACACAGCCCCUAAUUGGGAAUCUGAAGUUAAGUUUUGCAACACGGCUUUAAAGUUGGAUGAAAGAAAUUUCCAUUGCUGGGACUAUCGUCGUUUCGUUGUUUCUAAGGGAGGUAUUUCCAUCGAAUUAGAGCGUGAGUUUACAGAUGCUGCAAUAGAAAGGAACAUGAGUAAUUAUUCGGCGUGGCACUAUCGGGGUGAGCUUCUUACUUGUUCGUCAAAUACUUCUUGUGUUUCACCACGUUUGAGUCCUCCGCCUGAUAUAGAAAUUAACAGAGGAUGUUGUCGACCGCUGUUAGACUUCUCAGUACCAAGUGAGGAGUUGGAUCUUGUACACAAUGCAAUAUAUACGGAUCCUGCUGACCAGAGUCCUUGGUUUUAUUACUGGUGGUUACUGGGUCGUGGGGAAAGGAAAGUUUACCUGAGGGAGUUGUAUAUUUCACGACAAAUGGAGAGAUUUGUCCUCGUAUUUAGCUCCCCAAAAUUAAUUCGAGCCUUGAAGAAGUUGCAAGUUUCCAUAAAAGUGUUUCCUUAUGGCGGUACUAUUUCAGAUGCUGUAACUUUAACACCUGAGCUUCUUGGUGGAUGGAAUUCAGUUUUAGACGAUUUGUCAGCUGUUUGGUGGUUACCGAUUAGUCAGGACUUGGUGUGUCGAUACGCCCCUGAAAGUGAUAAGCAUCUGUACCAAUCACAUCCCUGGAAUGUUGUGGCGCAAGUAUGCAUUCCGAAGAGAAAUGAAGGGUGUCAUGAAUCUUGUGAAAACAAGUGUGCUUAUACCGGUGACUAUUCUGUUUUACAGUGCUGUAUGGAUUCUCAUCAAAGUGAGUCUCUGACCCGUGUUGCUCUGGAUCCAUUGAGGCUAUUAAAUCCAAUGAUUCUGCCUAUACAUGAUCCAAACGAUUUGAUAGGAGAACUUGAUACUGUCCGCGACUUAGUGUCCUUGGAACCAAAGAACAAGUGGGCUCUCCUAACACUUGUCAGCCUACUUCGAUUUGUUAGACCACACGGUUUUAAAGAAGAAGUGAAUGAAUCGUUGAAUAAAUUGGUAUCUGUUGAUCCACAGCGUUCUUGUUAUUAUGAACACCUACGAUCUUUUUAUGCUGCACUAGAUGUUCUCGCUAAUGUCUAUGAAAAUCAGUCAAGAGAAGUUGUCCUUCACAAUGUGGAUAUGAGUUGUUUUCAUAGUCUUGAUUGGUAUACAUUAAUGACCAGAAUUGAUUUUUCUAAUAAUUCAAUCUUACGAAUCCCGGAUACUUUUGCCUAUCUUAUAUGCCUUUUGGAGUUAAAUUUAGACGAUAACCAAUUGAUGAGUCUUCAUGGGAUUUCUCGUCUUCCGUCUCUAUCUAGUCUUUCCGUUCAACGCAACCGAUUGUGUGAUUUCAAGUCAAUUGAAGACUUACUUAAUUGUCCUCGUCUGCGUAUAGUGUAUAUAAGUGGGAAUGAAGUUGUCAAGUUAUCCAAUUUGACUGAAUUGCUAUCCCAGCAUCCAGGAUUUCAAAGACAAGGACAUUCAUUCUCUUUGGUAUACGACAAAACAGUUCACUCUUAACAAUACAAAUUUUGUACAAAAGGAGCAAUAUUGAACUUCAUUUUCGUAUUUUUUUAACCUUAUAUUGUGAUAUACUUUACAAGUUUCUGUUCGUAAAUCUUGGGUUAUUUUUCUUACAAUAAAUACAUUAAAUUCCUGUGAUUCACAGACACUCAGGUUGCGUAUUUAUUUACGGAAGUUGGAGCUGUCCUAUUAUUAUGUAGGCUAGGGAUUUCACCUUAUUCAAAAAUCAAGUUUAUAGAUCGAAUCGUUUAUGUUUAAGUGUAUUUGUUUAAGACGCAUUGUCAUGGAUAUAGUAACAAAUUACUUUGGUCCCACUGUAGUGAGUAAAAGAACUGCUGUCCAGAGUAUAUUAUUGUUUUGAGCAUUCAGCCAUUAAUUUUUCAAUCAUUUUGUCCAUUUGUACCACUGUCUAAUUCUAACUGCAAGUUACCAAAGCACCUUACUUACUAAUACCCAUGUUUAAAGUGCGCAUAAAUCUCUGUUCAACUUAUUUUACUUACAUUUUUGCAUGUUUUCAUGGAAAUUCAACUUGCUGAACUGUCUUAGUUUUACUCACUUUUUGUGGAAUAAUUAAUCAAUAAUAAUAAUAUAAGUAAUAAUAUCAGUGUUAUGUAAGAGCAUUAUUGGCGCAUAAAAUGCAAUUCCUGUGAAAUAUUUCUCACUUUAAGAAAAUAUACAUAUAUAUAUAUAAUUAUCAUUUUGAAAUUUGUUUAUCUGUUCCUUUCAUUCUGUUGUUCAAUUUAUAUUUUGGUCUUAUGUUUGUUUGGUUUUGUGUUGUUCGCUUUUCUGUACAUACUUUCAAUAAACUUGGUAAAUUCACUUGUAAUAUAAAAGAUAAUUGUGCACUGUUUUACUUUUGCUAAAUUUCGUCUGUGCGUGCGUGCGUGUGUGUGUAUAUGUAGGCCAAAACAUCAGUUUUUGAUGUACACGUUUCUUG